UAGCGUCGUGAGGAAAACAAUAGCAUCAAUACAUACAGGCACUUUGUUGGAUGCAUCACUUUUUCACUUUCUAACAUUUUGCAACAACGGAUCUAACGAGGAAAAUGUAGCAUUUAGUUUUCCAUGCAUGGAUCUGAUGUUUGUCUGGUUUCCACAUUAUUUUGGGAGAAAACCUAAUACACUUUUGCACUUAAUCGACUUGUGUGAACCCUGGUUUGGAGAGAAUAGAUGCCACUGCAUGCAGCAAGGUGUGACGUGUCGACAGGAAGAUAGUGUUUUCUUCAGGUCAUUUCAAGACUGAUAAAGAUGCAUGUUGGUAACUGUUGUCAACUGGACUGACUACGGACGCACAUGGUAAUUGAUGUAGACUGUUUACCUCCUGAACCACACACCACAGCUCCCCUUCGCCCCUCUGAGUUAUUGCCUGGUGGAUGUUUACUACCAGUUGUUGUCAGCCUUCCGCCUCCUUCCCACUGGUUGGUCCAUUGGAAUAGAGCCUCCAAAUUGACCUAUAUUUCCCAAAAAUGAAUUUCGACCAGAUCCUCUCUGCCGUCGGAGGCUUUGGCAAAUAUCAGAAAAUUUUGUACAUAUGGAUUUGUUUACCCCAGAUCCUCCUCGCCUUCCAUAUGAUGGUGAGCAUCUUUACUGGAUCCACGCCGCCCCACCACUGCCGGGAGAGCUCGAUCUCAGUGGCCGGGAAUCAGUCCCAUUUUCUCGGUACACUCAGCCUGAACUUCAGCCUCUCGGAUUCCUCCUGCUUUUCAUCCGAUGAUUUGCUGGAGAGCAACCGGACUGAGCGCGUCCCAUGUCGCCAGGGAUGGGUGUACAGCAAGGAGACUUUCCAGAGUACAACAGUCACCGAGUGGGACCUGGUGUGUAACAAAGCUGGACUAAACAGUCUCAGUUCAUCUAUCUACAUGUUUGGCCUGUUGGUGGGAUCUGUGCUGUUUGGAGCCAUGGCUGACAGGUACGGCCGGCGUUUCAUCCUGCUGCUGUCCAUCGCUCUUCAGACUGGGUUUGGAGUCGCUGUGGCCUUUGCACCUAACUUCUCCGUCUAUGUGAUUCUUCGCUUUCUGGUUGGCACCACAGUUUCCGGAGUCAUCAUCAAUGCCUUUGUACUUGGCACUGAGUGGACGUGCACCAAGAGGCGCAUGCUAGCCGGCAUCUUCACCGACUACGCAUUUGGUCUGGGCUACAUGCUGCUAGCAGGCAUAGCGUACUUGAUACGAGACUGGAGAAAGUUGCAACUGGCUAUAUCAGCCCCAGGCUUCCUGCUCAUCUUCUAUAUAUGGGUGAUUCCUCAGUCUGCCAGAUGGUUGUUAGCCAACGACAGGAUGGAGGAAGCAAUCGCACUCCUCCGCAAGGCAGCACUCGUUAAUGGCCAGGUCUUACCUGCUGCUGUACAAGUUGAGAAGUGUCAGAUUUUGGAUGGAGGAAAGCGAAGUUAUUCAGCAAUGGAUCUAGUACGAACACCUCAGAUGAGGAAGAGGACUAUCAUCUUGUUCUACAUCUGGUUUGUGAAUGUGCUGGUGUAUUACGGCCUCUCUCUGGGCGUGUCCAAGUUAGGGACAAACCUCUACCUGACCCAGUUUGUGUUCGGGUUGAUUGAGAUCCCGGCUCGUUCUCUCGUCCUACUUGUCCUGCCCUUCAGUCGCAGACUCUCCCAAAGCGGAUUCCUGGCUGUUGGGGGGCUCGCCUGUCUGCUUAUGCUUGCUGUCCCUGCAGAUCAUCCCAAUGUCCUAACUGGUCUUGCCAUGGUAGGGAAGUUUGGUAUAACAGCUUCCUUCGCUGUAGUCUAUGUGUACACUGCUGAGAUAUUCCCCACUGUGCUUCGGCAAACAGGAAUAGGUGUAUCCUGUAUGUUUGCGAGGAUAGGCGGUGUGUUAGCUCCCAUUAUAAACAUGCUUCAUGACCAUAGCCUCACUACACCUCUGGUCAUCUUCGGUAUCUCCCCGCUGCUGGGUGCUGUCCUGAGCCUGGCGCUGCCCGAAACUGCUGACAGACCCCUGCCUGACACUGUGGAGGAUGCAGAGAACUGGGACAUGAGGUCGCCUCCCAACAAGGACAACCCUGAGAUGUCUGAGGAUACGAGUCAAUCAGCCAACAGCAAAGAGCAGCAGGAGUUAAGAUGUCUUGCCAGUCAGGCCUAAGCUGCACAUUUUCUAUUAUUCACAUAUUAUACAGCCUCAACUUUGUUACCAGAUACAGUACUUACGUAACAUAACAUCCUCUAUGCAAUUACAUGUCAGGAUCUGAUUAAGAGCU